AUGAUAAAUUAUUCUAAUGUUCCACCAAGAUCAAUUACACCAAAACCAUCUUAUUUAACAGUUGUGAAUUAAUAUAAUUAACCUUCUCCAUAAUUAAAUUCAUAAAAAAUAAUUUCUAAUUAAUAUGUUCAACCAAAAUAGAUAAUACCAACUACUGAAAUAAUUCGCAUUAUUCCAAGUGAAUAAUAUUAAUUACCUCAAUAAGAUUAAACUUAAUUUAAUGGAUUAUCAUUACCUGAAUUAAAAGCAUUUUUAGAAGAUUUAAUGUAACGUUAUGAUAGAUUGGCCUAGGAAUUACAGAAGGCUUCUUAGAAAGAAAUUUAAUUAUAAAAUCAACAAAUAAUUGCUUAGACAGAAUUACAUAAUAAAUUAUUAUAAUUUUAGUAAGAAAGAGAAGCACUUCAAUAAACAAUUAAUAACAAAAAUUAGGAAAUACAUAUCUUGAAUUUAUAAAUUGCUAAAUUAAAAUAAUAACAUUUAACAGAAUAAUAAGAAUUAAAAACAGAUAAUGAAAAUAUAGCUUUAGUCUUAACUGAUAAAUUAGAAUAGAUGAAUCAAUUUGCAAAAGAAAAAAUAAAUGAAUUAGAAUAAACAAAAAAUAUACUUGUACUUAGAGAGUAAGAAGUAUAAGAAUGGAGGACUAGAAAAAAUAAUGGAGAUAUUUAUUCAUAAGAGAUAAACUAAUUGAAAUAGAAAAUUUAUUUAUUGUAACAAGAGAAAGAAUAAUUAAUGGAUAAAAUUAGAUAUCCUCAACAUGAUUAUCAAUAAGGAAAUGAAAAUUAAAUGCUGAGAGCUUAAUUAUAAGAGAAGGAGUCAGAAAUCAAUACUUUAAGAUUGAAAGUAUAUUAUUUAAUUUAAAUAGCUACAAUACAGCUAAUAAAAUAAUAAUGAUCAAUAAUUAUAUUAAGAAUUAGAAUAAGCUAAAGAAGAAUUAAUGUAUUAUAAGUAAUAAUUAAUGAAUGGUGGUUAAGUUAAUAAUAUGGAAGAAAUUGAGGAUUAUAGGGAUAAGAUUCAAAUUUAUGAAAGUGAAAUUAGACGUUUAAAUAAAUAAGUAGAUAUUUGAUCAAAACUCUUAGUUAACUGAGAUGAGACAUGAAUUAGAAGAUCAUAAAAAUCAUAAAUCAGAUAAUGAAUUUUUACGAUCUAAACUAUCAAAUCAAUAAAAUCAAAUAAAAGAGAUUUAAAAAUCCCAAUUAGGUUUUAAAGAAAGAGUACCUUAAUACUAUUGA